CAGAAAAAUACAUCAGAAGAUAUUACUCAGCACUUUGUCUCACCCCCAUGUGCUCUACUGUUCCAGUCUCCUAACAAGCCCAGCAUUCCCCCAGAGAGGAUCCGUCCCCUCACAAGCCUCGACCAACCACAGAGCCCCUUCUACGACGUUGAGGGCGGGCCAAUCACUGCCUUGGCCAGGGUGGUGGUGGAGAGGAUCGCCAGGAAGGGGGAACAGUGCAACACUGUCCCAGAUACGGUGGACGAUAUCGUGGCAGACAUUGGUCAGGAGGAGAAGGGGGAAGACGACACACCAGAGACGUGUAUCUACUCCAGCUGGUCUCCCUGGUCGGCCUGCAGCUCUGCCACCUGUGACAAGGGCCGUCGGAUGAGGCAGCGCAUGCUGAAAGCCCAGUUGGACCUCAGUGUUUCCUGCCCCCACACCCAGGACUUCCAGCCCUGCAUGGGGCCAGGAUGCAGCCAGGAGGAAUCCUCCACCUGUAUGAUGUCAGAGUGGAUCAGCUGGUCUCCGUGCAGCACGUCAUGCGGCAUGGGCAUGAGGUCACGGGAGCGCUACGUCAAGCAGUUCCCCGAGGACGGCUCCCUCUGCGCCCUGCCCACCGACGACAGCCAGAAGUGUGUGGUCAACGAAGACUGCUCGGCCAGCAGCUGUGUAGUGACAGAGUGGGGGGAGUGGGACCCCUGCAGCGCCACCUGUGGGCUGGGCAUGAGGCGGCGGGAGCGCAUGGUGAAGAUGCCUCCGCUGGACGGCUCCGUGUGCAGGGCAGAAGUGGAGGAGGUGGAGAAGUGCAUGAUGCCAGACUGCCACUCCAUCCCGUGUAUGCUGUCUCCGUGGUCGGACUGGAGCGCGUGCAGCGUGACGUGUGGGCGGGGCAUGAGGACUCGGCAGCGCAUGCUGAAGUCGGAGGAGGGUGGCUGCAGCGACGAGCUGGAGCAGAGCGAGAGAUGCAUGCUGCCUGAAUGUCCCACUGACUGCAUGGUGUCUGAGUGGUCCGACUGGUCCGAGUGUAACAAGUCGUGUGGGCGUGGCCACGCCCUGCGGACCCGCAUGGUGAAGCUGGAGCCCCAGUUCGGGGGCCGGCCCUGCCCCGAGGCCGUGCAGAGGAGGAAGUGCAAGAUGAGGAAGUGCAGCCGCGGCGACGACAAGAAGAACCCCCGCCGGGAGGAGGGCGGGCCGGAGAGGAGGAGGGGGGAGGGAGGGGCGGAGAGGAGGAGGGGGGAGGGAGGGGCGGAGAGGAGGAAGGGGGAGGGCGUAGUUGAGAGGAAGAGGGCGGAUGGCGGUGUGGAGAGGAGGCGGGCGGGCAAGCAGGGGAGAGAUGCAGCCGUGGAGGAGCAGCCAGGCUGCAGAUCCAGGCCCUGGUCCAACUGGGCGGACUGUACCAAGCCCUGUGGCGGGGGUAUCCAGGAGCGCUUCAUGUCUGCGAAGAAACGAGCCAAGAGCUCUCAGGUCAGCAGCUGCAAGGACAGAAAGGAGAUCCGCGCCUGCAACGUUCACCCCUGCUAGAGGGGCGCCGCGGAGAAGAGUCAGUACUGGAGGAAUACAAAGAUGCCCUUCUGUGCCGAGGCUCGAGGAGGAAGUGGAGACAGUUAGUUUGAAGCUAGGGUGAGGAGGAGAAGAGAGGAGAGGUUUUCUGUAGCUGUUUAGCAGAAGACUGGACUGUGACCAGUGGACCAGACCAGCCAUAGUUAGUCUUCUAGCUGCCUCCCUUAUCAGGCACACAGUAUGUGUCGUGUAACUACGUAACUCACUCUAUACACUACCAACAUCUCUGUCAACACACACGUGCAUCCCUCGCUAUUUUGAUAUCUUUCUUGUCUUUAUAUAGGUCUACUGCACUACAUAACUAGCACUGAAACACACGUCUUCAUUUAGCACAUUUUAGCCAACGCUAAGCACAGAGGGGAUUUGAACCUACAACCUCUUGCCCUUUCUAACCAUCGAGCUACAUCCAUCUCCCUCUACUGAUUGUUUAUAACCAUUAACAUUUGCUCUUAGUUAGUCCCUUUCUGUACAAGUGGUUCAUCAAGUGAUUAUACUGUAUGACUUGUUGUUUAAAUGUCAAGUCAGAAUCCCAUACAGGACAGGUCUGAACCAUCACAAAGUCAGAGUUUCAGCACAGAGGAGUCUUUGUACAAUCAGCAGUCAGGAUUUUGGCCAUCUUUCCUGGAUCUCUACCAUGAACAUGGUCUGCUGGGCCAGGUGUUCUACGAACCCACCUGCUGAGUGAACCGCAGUGCGAAGGCCCAACGGAUUCCAUAGUCACAUAAAGUACAUCCUUUUGCACAGCACAGAACAGUUAGACUUCUAGGUAACACAUCACAUUAAGGUUCCAUUAACUACCAUGUAACUACAUUUCAAUACUUAGGGUAACAACAUUGUAGUUACAUAGGAACUGCUGUGUAUUCAACCCUCCACAGGGUCAAGAGAUCAAAGAUAAUAGAUGAAGCUUGGCAUGGGGGUGGGCUGGAGGGCUCUCCAGUGGGUGUUAAAAGUGAUCUUUAACUGCCCCUUUGCAGCAUGUCCUCACCCCUUCCACCCCUAACCCCCCCCUCUCCCCCACUGUGACUGGUUUUACUUUUGUAACUGACAGAGUACUUCUAUCCCUUGACACCAACUUCUACCCACCAAUAACUUUGUUACUGUACAUGUUGCUGUGUAGCUGCAUGGUAGUUCAUGUAACCUUAAGUUAUAAAGUGUUGCCCACGUCGUGAGGACAAGUGUUGAUUGUACAGACGUUUCACUGAAUGGAAAGGUCAACCCGAUAAGUCAUUGAAAACGUUAUUGUAUCCUGUGGUUGCUCUUGCUUCGGCAGAUUAUCUUUUUCGAGUAAACAGUUACGCUUUUAUUCCGUCGUUCUAUGUAGAGGCUGAAAACGCCAGCUGUAGAUGUCAGAGAUUUUUGUGUGGAAGCUAUUCCGUUGAUUUUGUGUGUUUUGAUACAAACGAACGGGGUCCUAUUUACAAUUCCUGUUUCGAUGAUAAUUUUCUCACCCCUCUCUUUCUCUUUCUCUUUUUACUUUUCCCGCCUCUGCACCAUAUCGCUAUUUUGGAAUAAAUCACCUUUACAAUAAAGUGGAGAAUUUUCAACUACAA